GUUCUGAAAGAGAGGGUGCGAGAAAGAAAGAGUUCCAAUGAGCAAGAGUAAGAAGCUUCUCCUUGUCGAGGAGGAGGUUGAGCAGGUGAGGCAAUUGGAGGACGGGCUCAGAGGGUCAUGGCAGAUGGCUCGCGUCAUCGGCGUCUCCCAUCGUGUCCGCCACGUCUGGUACGAGAACCUCCUCUACGACGACGGCGUCACGAACUGGGUCGAGCGCAUUGAGGUCUCCGACGUCCUCGACGGCUGCAACCGUCCCUCCGCUGCUUUCGCCGCGACAGGCUAUCGCGGCUGGAUCAGGCCGCGUGCUCCAAACGUAUACUUCUCCGGGAAAGACCUGCAGUACGGUCUGUGCGUCGACGCGUUGUAUCAAGAUGGGUGGUGGGAGGGCGUCGUCUUCGAUCGCGACGCCGGCGCCGCUAGGAGGUCCGUCUUCUUCCCGGACGAGGGCGAUGAGAUGACUUUCGAUAUAGACCAGUUGCGCCUCUCGCAUGACUGGGAUGAAGCCUCCGGCGCCUGGAAGGCUCGCGGUACGUGGGUGUUUCUGCAACUAAUCGGCGAACUAAACGAAUUCGCUGAUAUGGCGACGCCGGCCUGGGUUAAGCAGUUUUGGUAUGGAUUAAGAACGACGGACGGUUUCGUUCGCGAUAUUGGGGAGUGGCCUCUCGGAGAGCCAUUAGUGUGGAAGAAACUAAUGAAGCUGGUUAUGAGAAAUCGGUAUAUAACGGAUUGUGGAAUCGAGAAAGAUAUAGCUGUUGUUUCUUCGAGCGAAGAGCGUGUCUCUAAGAGGCGGAGAGUAUCCGAGCCAAGAAGCAGGCAGUUGUGCUAUUCUGAAGAGAGUCAUGUUAAAGAACCAGGAUUACUGUCUUAUAAUGGUGGUGAUCAUGUAACAGACGGCCUCUUACGAAAUGACAGAGAUCCUUCUCAUUUGCCUUGCCGAAUAGUUCCCUUCAAUGGGCAACAACUUUCAGCAACUAAGAGAAAAAAUGAAGACGUGGUCCCAAAAUACAAUCGCCAAGCAGUCACAGACUAUAUUCAGCUCCUGGAUCGGAAGAAGAAUACAAACGAUUCUGUGUCAAAAGCACUUGUUGACAGAGUCAGGACAGAGGCAAAAGCGCAUCUCUUGUUAAUGGGCUGGAAAUUCAGGUAUGAGUGGAAAGGCACAAGACAGGAACUACAUUACUUUACUCCAGAAGGAAGGAAGUUCGUCUCUUUCUAUGUUGCUUGCUCUGCCUAUGAUCAAUGGGAAAUGAAUUAUGUGAACAGUUUCGUGGAAGGCAAAGAGAAAGAUGUUACAAGGAACAUGAGACAGAAGAAAAGCUCCCAAUUUUCUGAUAAGUAUGAUGCAAAUCCAUCUGGUAGAGCAGGACACACGGAGGUUCCAUCUAAAGCUGUGGUCCAUAAGAUGCACGUAGAUGUGCAUCACGCUCCUGCUGCUAUGAAGCCUUCUGGUCUCAAAAUUAUUCUUUCACAAAAUUCUACUAAGAAAGACAACGCAAGUACUGGUGACAAUGAGAAGAAUAAAGAACAGAAUAUCAAAGCUUACAAUAUUCAAAUUACCCAAUUUUCUGGUGACUUAAAGGAGAAUCUGGAUCAGUUUUUAUGUUGUGUACCCAACUCCAAAGAAAGGGAUACAACCAAGCGAAAGCGGCAUGAGAAAGCAAUGCAAGUGCAUACUGAUGUCUCUUCUUCAAGACCCUUGCGAUGCAAAACUAAACCAUUCUGUGCUCAACAGAGUGACAGAUCAGGCUCGUGCAAGCGAGGGAAGAUCCAGAGGUUGGGACUGUCGGCGCACUUCUAAAGAAAAUCGACAAGAAAGUCAGUGAGAGAUCGAAAACGGCAGGAAUGAGUGAGGUGCCAUGGAUGAAUGCUCAAAGCAUUGGUGGCAAAUUAGUUAGAACCAUUUCGCCAGAAUGAGAACUCUUGACUCUCCGGGAGUGGGUCAAUUGGGAAGAGGGAAGCAACCUAGGGCAAGCGAGAGGGCAGCUUCUCUUAAACAUUGUAGAAAGAGGAGAAUCAUGAUGGUAAGAUAACAAAGAGAAAGAGGUGACAAGAGACAAGUCUGCCAAAGGGGAACCUCACAGUGGCAUCCAUUGGUCAUAUACAAAAAGUUUUUUUGCCUGCCGUCGCCAAUUCAUCGUUCGUCACCAGUCGCUGCCCAAGCUCCCGCCGGAUGUCCGUUGCCAGCGGCCCAAGCCCUCGCCGAAAGACCAAAGAAGAUCAAGAGGGAGAAGAAAGAAACAUCGGGAAGCGGUUUAACAUAUUAUUAUGGUUUGGAUUUGGUUUCAACCUUGAACUAGAUCCAAACGUACUAAACCAUACCCACUACCCGUUUUAGCGUACCAGCGUACUGGUACGCGGGUCCCCCUCACGUACCGUGGUGACAUCGGGACCAACUAUAUAUGGCUGUUUUGCGGACUGCAAAAACAUCUGCAGCAAGUCUUUGUUUGAAUCAAAGAAGUGCCUCAACUUUAAAGAAUUUUG